GACUUCCAACCAGAAGGUCAGCAAAGGAAAGUGGAAGUUGGAUUCUGAAGGAUCAGGGUGCCCACAGGAGUUUAGUUGUGGUUGGGAUUUUGGAGACUUGAACAACCAGCCUGGUGGUUUUUCCUGGAUUUCCUGCCUGUGGCCUCUCUUUGUCUUCUGUCUUCAGACUCCACCAUGAAUGUGCAGGCUUGCUCUAGGUGUGGCUAUGGGGUUUAUCCUGCUGAGAAGAUCAGCUGUAUAGAUCAGAUAUGGCAUAAAGCGUGUUUUCACUGCGAAGUCUGCAAGAUGAUGCUAUCUGUUAAUAAUUUCGUGAGUCACCAGAAAAAGCCAUACUGUCACGCCCAUAACCCCAAGAACAAUAGUUUUACUAGUGUCUAUCACACUCCAUUAAAUCUAAAUGUGAAGACAUUUCCAGGAGCCGUGGGUGGGAUCAAUGGUCAAGAAGAUGGUAAGCCCUUUAAAUCGGUUUUUCACUGGGACAUGAAAUCCAAGGAUGGCCCGAGUGCAUCUGACAGGCAGCCGCUGGUGAAUGAGAGAGGCUACUGGCCUGGAUAUGGGGAGGGGAAUGCCUGGUGUCCAGGGGCUCUGCCAGACCCCGAAAUCGUAAGGAUGGUAGAGGCGCGACAAGCUUUUGGUGAGGAGUAUACAGAAGACUAUGGGCAACAGAGCGGUAAGGGGAGCUUUCCAGCCAUGAUCACACCUGCUUAUGAAAGGGCCAAGAAAGCCAACCAGCUGGCCAGCCAAGUGGAAUACAAGAGAGGGCAUGAUGAGUGUGUCUCCAGGUUCACCACGGUGGCUGACACCCCUGAGCUGCUGAGGGCUAAGGCAGGGGGACAGCUUCAAAGUGAUGUGAGAUACACAGAGGACUAUGAACACCAGAGAGGGAAAGGCAGUUUUCCUGCUAUGAUCACACCAGCUUAUCAAAUAGCCAAAAGAGCUAAUGAGCUAGCCAGUGAUGUGAAGUACCAUGAACGAUAUCAGAGAGAAGUGAGGGGAAUGGCUGAUUCAGCCGCGGGAGCUGAGGGUGUGCUGACAAGGGAAUGUGCAGACCAGUAUGGCCAGCAGGGUCACCUAGAGGAAUGUGAGGAGCCCAGGGGAAAGGGCAGCUUCCCAGCCAUGAUCACCCCGGCUUAUCAGAAUGCCAAGAAGGCCAAUGAACUGGCUAGUGAUAUAAAAUACAGGCAGGACUUCCACAAGAUGAAAGGAGCGGCACACUACCAUGCUCUUCCAGCCCAAGACAACCUGGUUCUUAAACGGGCUCAGAGUGUUAACAAGCUUGUGAGUGAGGUGGAGUAUAAGAAGGAUCUGGAAAGUAGUAAAGGUCACAGUAUCAACUACUGUGAAACACCUCAAUUCAGGAACGUGAGCAAGAUCUCAAAAUUCACCAGUGAUAAUAAGUAUAAAGAAAACUACCAGAACCAUAUGAAAGGCCACUAUGAAGGAGUUGGCAUGGACAGGCGCACCCUCCACGCUCUGAAAGUCAGCAGUCUGGCCAGCAAUGUCGCCUACAAGGCUGAUUAUAAACAUGACAUUGUAGACUACAACUACCCAGCCACUCUUACUCCUUCCUAUCAAACAACAAUGAAACUGGCUCCUUUGAAAGAUGUGAAUUACCGUGCUGAUUAUGAGAAAAAUAAGUUGAAUUACACACUGCCGCAGGACGUGCCUCAGCUGGUGAAGGCCAGGACCAAUGCUGAGCUCUUCAGCGAGGUUAAGUACAAAGAAGGCUGGGAGAGGACAAAGGGAAAAGGGUUUGAGAUGAAGCUGGAUGCCAUGUCUCUGUUGGCCGCCAAAGCCUCCGGGGAGCUUGCUAGCAAUAUUAAAUACAAAGAAGAAUAUGAAAAAACAAAAGGCAAAGCCAUAGGAACUACUGACUCAAAGCUUCUGCACUCCCUGCAGGUGGCCAAAAUGAGCAGUGAGGUUGAGUACAAAAAAGGCUUUGAAGAGAGUAAGACCCACUUCCACCUGCCCAUGGACAUGGUCAACAUCAGGCAUGCUAAGAAGGCCCAAGCUCUCGCCAGCGACCUGGACUAUAGGAAGAAACUGCAUGAAUAUACCAUGCUGCCUGAAGAUUUGAGGACUCAGUGGGCCAAGAAAGCCUAUGGACUCCAGAGCGAGCUACAGUACAAGGCUGACCUGGCAUGGAUGAAGGGAGUCGGGUGGCUGACUGAGGGGAGUCUCAAUCUGGAACAGGCCAAGAAGGCUGGACAGCUGGUCAGCGAGAAAAGCUACCGGCAGAGAGCAGAUGAGCAGAAGUUCACCAGUGUGCCCAACAGCUCCCAGAUGGAACACGCCAAGAAGAGCCAGGAGCUACAGAGCGGGGUGGCCUACAAGGCAGGACACAAGCAUUCUCUCCACCAGUACUGCAUCAGCAAAGAUGAGCCUCUCUUCCUCCAGGCCCAAGCCAAUGCUGCCCAGCUCAGUGAGAAACUGUACAAGAGCAGCUGGGAGAACCAGAAGGCAAAAGGCUUUGAGCUGCGUCUCGACUCCCUGACCUUCCUGACGGCCAAAGCCAAGAGGGACCUGGCCAGUGAGGUGAAGUACAAAGAAGAUUAUGAAAGAUCCAGAGGAAAACUCAUUGGGGCAAAGGAUGUACAGGGAGAUUCACAAAUGAGCCACUCGCUGCAAAUGUCCAAGCUGCAGAGCAACCUAGAGUACAAGAAGAGCUUUGAGGACACCAAGUCCCAGUGCCACAUCUCCCUGGACAUGAUCCACCUUGCGCAUGCCCGAAAGGCUCAGCACUUAGCCACUGACAUAGGCUACAGGACGGUGCCCCACCAGUUCACAGCUCUGCCCUCUGACAUGAAGGUGGAGUGGGCCAAGAAGGCAUACGGCUUACAGAGUGAAAAUCAAUACAGGGCAGAUGUGAAGUGGAUGAAAGGCGCAGGCUGGGUCGCCACCGGGUCAUUAAACAUGGAGCAGGCGAAGAAGGCAGGAGAACUCAUUAGUGAGAAGAAGUACCGUCAGCAUCCAGAUGCUUUGAAGUUUACCAGUAUUAAAGACACUCUGGAGAUGGUCCAGGCCAGAAUUAGUUAUACCCAAGCAGUGGACAGGUUGUACAAGGAACAAGGAGAAAACAUAAAGCAUCAUUAUACGCAGACUGCCGACCUGCCUGAAGUCCUGCUGGCCAAGCUGAAUGCCAUGAACAUCAGUGAGACCCGUUACAAGGAAUCCUGGAGCAAACUCCGAGACGGUGGAUAUAAGCUGAGGUUGGAUGCCAUUCCGUUCCAGGCAGCAAAGGCUUCUGGCCAAAUCAUAAGUGAUUACAAAUACAAAGAGGCAUUUGAGAAAAUGAAAGGACAGAUGCUUGGCUCCCGGAGCUUGGAAGAUGAUCUCAGCCUUGCACAUUCAGUGCAUGCGACCUCGCUGCAGAGUGAUGUGAAUUACAAGAAAGCCUUUGAACACUCAAAGGCACUCUUCCAUCUGCCGCUGGAUAUGGUAACCCUAGUGCAUGCCAAGAAGGCUCAGACCCUGGCCAGUGACCAGGACUACAGACACCCGCUCCCCCAGUACACUUCCUUGGAGGAAGACCUGAGGCUGUGCUGUGCCAAGAAGGCUCAUAAGUUGCAGAGCGAGAAUCUGUACCGCUCGGACCUGAACUUUAUGCGAGGCGUUGCCUGUGUCAUCCCAGGCACAUUAGAGAUUGAAGGGAGAAAGAAAGCAUCUGAGCUCAUCAGCGAGAGUAAAUACCGUCAGCAUCCUGGCUCCUUCAAGUACACGGCCGUGACAGACACCCCCAACCUCCUUCAUGCAAAGUUCAGCAACCAGAUUACCAAUGAGCGCCUCUAUAGAGCAGCUGGAGAGGAUGUGAGACACCAGUACACCACGACCCUGGGUCUGCCCGAGUUCGUCAGAGCAAAAACAAACGCAGCCAAUCUGAGCAAUGCAAAAUACAAGGAGUCUUGGUGUAAUCUUCGUGCUCAAGGCUACAAGCUGACAAUAGACGCGCUCCCCUUCCAGGCUGCGCGGGCCUCGGGAGAUAUAGCCAGUGAUUUUCUCUAUAGACAUGACUUUGCGAAGGAGCGAGGGAGGCUCAUUGGGGUCCGGAGUGUAGAUGACGACCCCCGGCUGCAGCAUUGCCGGCGCAUGGGCCAGCUGCAAAGCGAGCGUCAGUACAAGUGGGAGGCAGCCAGCAGCCGAGCCCAGUGCCACCUGCCCAUGGACAUGGUCCACCUGGUCCACGCCAGGAAGGCCCAGGCCCUGGCCAGCGACCAUGACUACCGGAGCCAGUGCCAUGAGUUCACGGCGCUGCCUGAGGACCUGAAGAUGGUCUGGGCCAAGAAAACCCAUGCCCUCCAAAGUGAGUUUCGCUACAGGUCAGACCUGAUGGGCAUGAAGGGGACAGGAUGGCUGGCACUGAGAUCUCCACAGAUAGAGAGUGCAAAGAAGGCUGGAGAGCUCAUCAGCGAGACCAAAUAUCGUAAAAAGCCAGACAGUAUCAAGUUCACCACUGUGGUUGAUUCUCCAGACCUGCUUCAUGCCAAAAACAGCUACCUGCACUGCAAUGAGCGCCUGUACAGGUUGGGAGAUGCAGAAUCUCUGCACCAAUACACCCUGAUUCCCGACCACCCAGAGUUUGCCCGAGCCCGCCUCAACGCGCUGCAUCUGAGUGAUAAAGUCUACAGAAACUCUUGGGAGCAGACCCGGGCUGGUGGAUAUGACUUCAGGCUGGACGCGAUCCCAUUCCAGACGGCCCGGGCAUCCAGGGAGAUUGCCAGUGAUUUCCGGUACAAGAAGGCCUUCCUGCGGGACCGGGGCCUGCAGAUUGGGUACUGCAGCAUCAAUGAUGACCCGAGGAUGAAGCAUUUCCUCAAUGUUGGCAGGCUGCAGAGUGACAAUGAGUAUAAGAAGGACUUUGCCAAGAGUCGGUCCCAGUUCCACAGCCGCACAGAUCAGCCUGGCUUCCUCCAGGCCAAGAGGAGCCAGCAGCUGGCCAGUGAUGUGCAUUACAGGCAGCCCCUGCCCCAGCCCACCUGCGACCCAGAGCAGCUGAGCUUGAAGCAUGCGCGGAAGGCCCACCAGCUGCAGAGUGAUGUCAAGUACAAAUCCGACUUGAAUCUCACCAGAGGUGUUGGCUGGACCCCUCCUGGCUCCUACAAAGUGGAGAUGGCUCGGCGGGCUGCAGAACUGGCCAGUGCGAGGGGCCCGGGGCUCCGGGGGGCUUAUGGGCCGCUGGAGGAGGCUGGAGAUCAUCCAAGGGGGGAGGUGAACCCAGAUGCCACUGAGAUCCUGCACGUCAAAAGGAAGAAGGCUCUGCUGAUGUGAGUGAACGGGCUCUGCCCCUGAUUCUUGAGAAAGAAGCCACAGUGGAAGUCUGAGAGCCCUACUUUAGAUGGCUUCUGUUUGAGCAACUGUAAAAAAUGGCACCAUAGCCCAUCUCCAGAUCUGCCUUUAUUAAAAUGACAACUCUGAAAGCAAAUAGAA